AGGAUAGACAUGAUCUCCACGAGUUGGAUAUUCUUCUUGGUUGUGACCAUCAGCUCUAACAGUGUUCAGCAGCCGAUAUUCUUCAAAAACCCUUUCAAAGGACUGAAUGGUAUUGUUCCGAGGACUAACGCGUACAACAAAAACGAGAUUAGAGCCGUUUAUUACUAUGAUCAGACUGUGGCGGUGGUCGAUCUCGGAACAAACAACGAACUACAUAAUUGCAACCUGAUUGAAGUAUAUGAGCAAGAAGAGGCUAAUGAAGUUUUAAGAAAUCUGACGUCAACUGCAGUCCCGCAGUUGGUAUCCUUCGAGCAAAUGACGAAGCUCAUGCAACAGUGCGAGUUAUUGGACAAAAUCCAGCACGAUACGUUAUCCACUGAGAUGUCCAACACUGAGAACAAAGGUAGUCAUGGUGUGGGUAGCGUGUUGUCUCUUCUCUCAGGCAUCUUGCCAGUGUCGUCGUUGGCAGGUACAAAAUGGUGCGGCACCGGUGACAUCGCUGAGAACUACCACGAUUUAGGUCAUGAAGCUCAAAUUGAUAGAUGUUGUCGCAGUCAUGAUCUUUGCCCUGUAAAAAUCCGAGCUCAACAAACGCGAUACAAUCUCACCAAUUAUUCUAUAUAUACCAAAUCGCACUGUGUGUGUGAUGAGGCACUGUACCAUUGUUUGAAAGCUACGACGAAUCCGACAGCGCAAGUAAUGGGUCGUAUAUACUUUAAUGUAAUAAAAGUACCUUGCAUCGAGGAUGUAUCAGAGGAUACUUUGGAGAAACAUACAUCGAUAAGAAUAGGACGACGAUUUAUUCCUGUUCAAAUGAGUUAUUAAAACGAAUGCAGCAUUGUAAAGUGUUACCAACAAUUUUCAUAAUUUUAUACCGUCGCUAACAUAAAGUGUGAAAUUGGGAAGGGAGAUUUACUGUUGUAUAAAUAUUAUACAUAUGUAAAUAUAAUAAUUAUAAAGCUUA